GCGCUUUCCUUGUUCUCUAUUCAAUGAUAUCCAGAAACAUAAACUAUGUACCACAAGAUAUUUUACAGAAACUCGCUUAUAUCAACGAACAAACAUGGCUCAAGUUUGGCAGUUUAGCUGAACUAAUGAAUGAUCAUGACAAAGCCAUUAGUUUUUAUGAAUCUGCCUUGAGACACAACCUUCAUUCCAUCACUGCCUUAACACAAAUAGCUUCUUUAUUUCGAGCUAAAGAACAAUUCAGCAAGGCUGUUGACUAUUUCAAACGGAUUCUAUCGAUUCAAGAAAACAAUGGCGAAGUAUGGGCUUCAUUAGGUCAUUGUUAUUUAAUGAUGGAUAACUUACAAGAAGCCUAUGAUGCCUAUCAACAGGCAUUGCAUCAUCUUCAGAACCCUAAAGAUCCUAAACUCUGGUAUGGCAUUGGUAUCCUGUAUGAUCGUUAUGGUUCUCUUGAACACGCUGAAGAAGCCUUUUCUGCUGUGAUGAAGAUGGAUCCUCAGUUCGAAAAGUCCAAUGAAAUCUAUUUUCGACUCGGCAUUAUUUAUAAGCAACAACGUAAACUGGAUCCUUCAUUACAAUGCUUUCGUUAUGUACUUCAUCACCCACCAGAACCAUUAACAGAAUCAGAUAUAUGGUUUCAAAUUGGAUCUGUGCAUGAACAAAAGAAAGAGUAUGAUGCAGCUAAAGAAGCCUAUGAACAUGUCUUGUUUGAAAACCCAGAACAUGCCAAAGUACUUCAACAAUUAGGCUGGCUUUAUCACCAAUCCGAUGCUCCUUUUUGUAACCAGCAAUUAGCUACUGAGUUCUUGACACGAUCAUUAAAAGCAGAUGGCAAUGAUGCUCAGUCAUGGUAUUUACUGGGUCGUUGUUAUAUGGUCAAUCAGAACCACAACAAGGCUUAUGAAGCCUAUCAACAAGCUGUCUAUCGAGAUGCUCGUAACCCUACUUUUUGGUGUUCGAUUGGCGUCUUGUACUAUCAAAUCAAUCAAUACCGAGAUGCAUUAGAUGCGUAUAGCCGUGCUAUACGUCUGAAUCCUUAUAUCAGUGAAGUAUGGUAUGAUUUAGGCACUUUGUAUGAAUCAUGUAACAAUCAAGUGCAAGAUGCUGUUGAUGCCUACAGUCGUGCUGCUGAACUGGAUCCUCAUAACCCUUUGAUCCAACAGCGCUUAGAACACUUGAGACGACCACAAGAUAGUCAUUCAGAAGCACCCCCACCAAGGGAUGUGAGUGAUCCAAGUCAAUAUGUCAGUCACACAGCUGGUAGUAGUAGUUUAUUACCUUAUGACCAGCGUACAAGGCCUAUAGAUCGUAAUUCAAUAAGUGAGCCUAACCGAGACAUGUAUACUUUAAAUGCCAUGGCUUCUCCUAAUGGACUAAAACCCAAGAUAAAAGAAGAACCUAAAUCGCCUCAACCUUCCAUUACUCUCAAGAAUGAAGAUCUAAAGAUACCAAAGCAAGAAACUAAAUAAAUGCUA